AUGAAACUAAAUAUAUACCAUUACUUUAAUGGCGCAAACCUUGUUUUGAUGAUUAAUCUUGCUGCUGGCCUCAGCAUAUUUUUCUUUGGGUAUGAUCAAGGUGUCAUGAGUGGUGUCAACAUAUCUCCUGAUUAUGUUGAAUUGAUGGGCCUUCAAUCAAAGGAAGCUUUGCUAGGUGGUAUUGUUGCUGUUUACUAUGCCGGAACACUGAUCGGCGCUUUAAUGGGCGGUUGGAUUGGCGACAAAAUCGGACGUAUCAAAACAGUGGUGCUCGGAUCAGCCAUUGGUAUUGUUGGUGCCGCUUUACAGACAUCCGCCAUGAAUGUGCCUUGGAUGAUAUGUUCUCGUAUCAUUACCGGUAUUGGUACAGGUCAUCUUAAUGCCAUUGUGCCUGUCUGGAGUGCAGAGACAUCUCAUCAUACCUCUCGUGGUCAAAUGAUUGCUAUGGAAUUUACUUUAAAUAUCUUGGGUGUUGUUGUAGCUUAUUGGUUAGCCUAUGGACUGGCCUUUACUGAAGGAAGUUUUCGUUGGAGAUUUCCAAUCGCCUUCCAAUUGAUCCCUCUCAUUGUCCUUGCCAUUGGUAUUAACUUCUUUCCUGAAUCCCCGCGAUGGCUGCUAAAGAAAGGUCGUACGGACGAAGGCUUAAGUAUUCUCGCAGCUCUCAGAGGAAAUGGAGAUCCAAAUCACCCCGAUGUACAACGAGAAUAUCAGGACAUUAUCACAGCUAUCAGAGAAGAAGAGAGUGAAGGCGAACCUGGUUACUUUAGCAUGCUCUUCCAUCGAGAUCAUCUCAACAUCCCUCGUCGUGUUCAUCUAUCCAUUUGGUUGCAGAUCAUUCAAGAACUGACAGGCAUUGGUGUUAUCACUGUAUAUGCUCCUAUUGUUUUCCAGAGUGCUGGAUUUUCAGAACGUACGUCACAACUACUCUCAGGUAUUAACAAUAUCUCCUACAUGCUCUCCACACUCGUGGCUGUCUUUACGCUUGAUAAGUGGGGUCGGCGAUUUACAUUAUUCUAUGGAGCUGUCUGUCAGGGUGUAUCACUUAUACUUGUUGCCGUACUCACAAAGCCUGACAUCAUGUCUCAAAACCCACUUGGUUAUGGUAUUGGUGCUACUGUAUUUACAUUUUUGUAUACAGCCUUCUUUGGCAUGACUUGGUUGACUGUGCCUUGGUUAUAUCCUGUUGAAAUUUAUCCUACCAAAGUACGUGCAAAAGGUGGCGCAUGGAGUGUCGUCGGUUGGUCUAUUGGUAAUGCCCUAGUAAUGGAAAUCACACCACCUAUGAUUGCUGGUAUCGGAUGGAUCACAUUCUUAAUAUUCGGUGCCUUUAACUUUUUGGCUAUUCCUAUUGUGUAUGCCCUGUAUCCAGAAACAAGUAACAAGACAUUGGAAGAAUUAGAUGUCGUCUUUUCUACAAAGUCAUGCUUAGUAUGGAAUGCUGAAAAGGAACUCAAGCAGAACACAAGGGCAAGUUCAAGUGUUGUAGGACAAGAUGAGAAAUCAAAAGAAAUGUAUCAAGAAGAAGCUAAUAUAAAGGCGUAA